AUGGCCUCGUCGUCGUCCAACGUCGUCGGUGUCCACUACCGCGUGGGCAAGAAGAUUGGAGAGGGCUCCUUUGGUGUCAUCUUCGAGGGGACCAACCUGCUGAACAACCAGCAAGUCGCCAUCAAGUUUGAACCCCGAAAGAGCGAUGCACCACAGCUGCGAGAUGAGUACCGGACGUACAAGAUUCUUGUCGGAUGCCCCGGCAUCCCCAACGUCUACUACUUCGGACAGGAAGGCCUCCACAACAUCCUGGUCAUAGAUCUGCUGGGACCCUCGUUGGAGGACCUGUUCGACCACUGCAACCGGAGGUUCUCCAUCAAGACCGUUGUCAUGGUUGCCAAGCAAAUGCUUUCCCGCGUGCAAACCAUCCACGAGAAGAACUUGAUCUACCGAGACAUCAAGCCCGACAACUUCCUGAUUGGCCGGCCCGGAACCAAGGCGUCCAACGUCAUCCACGUCGUUGACUUCGGCAUGGCCAAGCAGUACCGCGAUCCCAAGACCAAGCAGCACAUCCCCUACCGCGAGCGGAAGUCGUUGUCGGGAACGGCCCGGUACAUGAGUAUCAACACCCAUCUCGGCAGGGAACAGUCGCGAAGAGACGAUCUCGAGGCCCUCGGCCACGUCUUCAUGUACUUCCUCCGCGGCGGGCUGCCGUGGCAGGGGCUCAAGGCCGCCACCAACAAGCAGAAGUACGAGAAGAUUGGCGAGAAGAAGCAGACGACCGUCAUCAAGGACCUCUGCGAGGGCUUCCCCGAGGAGUUCAACAAGUACCUGACGUACGUGCGGAACCUGGGCUUCGAGGACACCCCCGACUACGACUACCUCCGCGAGCUCUUCACCACGGCCCUCAAGAACACGGGCGAGGUCGAGGACGGCGAGUACGACUGGAUGAAGAUCAGCAAGGACUCGAGCAAGGGCUGGGACGGCCACAAGUCGGGCGCCUACCACAACCCCAACGCCAGACCCGGCGCCUCCCAGAUGGAACUGCACAACGCAUCCCGCAACGGUGCCAGCACGCCUCACCUGACCCGCGACCGUUUAAACGCCGCGCAGCCCCCACCUCCCUCGCCAGCGAAGGCGAUGGACAAACGCCGGCCAAACGCCCCAGGCGCUCUCCAGGCGCAGCGCGGCAGUGCGGUAGGGGGGCUCCGUGACAUGGCCACGCCGACGGGCUCGACCCAGGCCCAGUUCCAGAACAGCAACCAGAACCUGCCGCCGCGGAUGGCCCCGCAGGCGUCCAACAUGGGUUCGCAGGCCGUACCCGGUAGCAGACCUGCCGAGCCUCAACCUACUGGCUUCCAGAAGUUCAUGAAGGUCCUCUGCUGCGGUGAGUAG